CCAAGAGAUGUCAGCAUACGACAAUGUUAUUGGUGGGAAGCUGAAGUUAAAAGGGAAGGCUUUGGAUGUGAAAGCCGGUGGAGUAAAGAAGAAGAAGAAGAAGCAUAAGAAACAGGAAGAACAAGCUCUUAAAAUUACUGAUGAUCUCAUAGAAGGAGAAAGCACAGAAGCACUGGGUAAUUUGAUUGAAGGAGAAGAAGAAGGUGAAGAAGCGGGCAGGAUUGAGGAUGUGAACUUGCAGCACGAUGAUGAUGAACUCUUAACGCCUGCAGAAAGAAGGUACAUAGAGCAGAAACAGAGAUUGGAUGUGCAGAAGCUAGCUAAGGAAGCCAACAAGUCUCACCGUAACAGGAUUGAGGAUUUCAAUCAGUAUCUGGCUAACAUGAGUGAGCACUACGAUAUCCCCAAAGUCGGACCUGGUUAAUAUAAGAUUUUCCUUGGCUUUGUUUUUACUCUGCUUCUC